AUGUCCGAAACAUCCAUCGAGCUCGUUAUUCCCAACAGGGCUGUGUCAGACGAUACAGCCCAACUGCAAGACACAUUCAGCCAAAGCUUGGAAUCUCGAGCUACGGAUGCUGAGUUCUCGUUGCCGCCUGUUGAUGGAGGAAGAAAGGCAUAUCUCUUCUUGGCUGCGUGUUGGGUUGUUGAAGCGGUAACGUUCGGAUUUGGUUUCUCGUUUGGUGUCUUCCAAGAAUACUACAGUCACAAUGAACCCUUCGCAGGAUCCAGUAAUAUUGCCGCCAUCGGAACUACCACAACCGGCAUGCUCUACCUAGGAGCUCCCUUUGUAGUAAUCAUAUGCCGCUUCUACCCCCGUCAAGCCCGCUGGUUCACCAUCAUCGGCCUCUUCAUAACAUCCCUCGCCAUGGCAACAAGUUCCUUUUGCACAACAGUGCCCCAACUAAUCGCCACUCAAGGAAUCCUCUUCGGGAUAGGCGGCUGUUUCGCUUAUUGUCCCUGCACGCUCUACAUCGACGAGUGGUUCGUCCGCAGAAAAGGCUUUGCUUAUGGCAUUGUCUGGAGCGCCGCUGGAGCUGGUGGUGCUGUGCUUCCUUUAGUCCUUGAAGCCUUGUUGAAGAACUAUGGAUUUCAAACGACUGUGAGGAUUUGCUCCGGGAUUCUAUUUGGAAGUGCGGCGCCUUUGGCGUAUUUUAUCAAACCCCGAAUUCCGCUUUCGGCUACGAUCCAUAGAAAGCCUUUGAAUAUGCGGUUCGUUACGUCGAGGUUGUUCUUGCUGCAUCAGUUGGUUAAUGUGGUUGAGGCUACAGGGUAUUUCCUGCCUACCAUCUAUUUACCGACUUAUGCUCGAACAACAUUCGGUACUUCUACUAUCCUAUCAGCUCUGACAGUUAUUCUGGUCAAUAUUGCUACCACUAUCGGUCUUAUGGUUAUGGGUUCUCUGAGCGAUAAGCUUGCAGUCACGACAUGCAUGCUCAUAUCAGCAGUCGGAGUAGGCAUUUCUGUUCUACUGGUCUGGGGUCUCACAGCCUCUUUGCCGGUUCUUUACGUCUUCUGCGUCAUGUACGGUCUUUUCGCAGGGUCUUGGGCUUCCAUAUGGCCUGGUAUCAUGAAAGAAGUCACGCAGAAAUUUCAAGAUCAGAAUGAGUAUGUUGAUCCAGUCAUGGUGCAUGGUCAUCUCUGCGUGGGUAGGGGAGUCGGCAAUAUCAUCUCCGGGCCGCUCAGUGGUUCUCUUAUCAGGGGUCAACCGUGGCAGGGGAAGGUUAUUGGAGGCUAUGGAAGUGGAUAUGGGAUCUUGAUCUUGUAUACUGGGUUGACGGGUUUGUGUACCACAGACUUGAAAUUCAUCUGCACACCGUAA